AUGCCGCCCACACAAGACUCCCUGUACGGGCAACCCCGAGCCAAAAAGACCCCCAAAUCCGAAAUGUCUGCCUCGUCCAGCCUCGCCUUCACCUCCCAGCUCUCCUCGCUCAUCGCGCAAGACCGCGAAGCACCGACCUCGCGCGGGCGCACCCGCCCAUCCAAAACACCCAAGUCCGACAUUUUUGCCAAACACAACAAAGGCGCCCUCAAACGCGCCGCCGCCGACCUCAAAGACGAUAACCCGCACACCGGACAAAAGCACCAACGCAGCCAGGAUAUCGGCUCCGUCGACGACGCCACCCUGAACCGCGCGAAGCGGCGCAUGGCUGAGAAGGUGCGCAUGUACGACGAGCUCAAAUCUGGCGUGUACCUUGCCGCCGAUAGUGACGAGGAUGAAGAUGAGCCCGGGCGGCCGGAGAGUCACCUAGCUAGGUUGCGGCGGAAAGAGCGCGAGGGGCUGGUGGAUUUCGAUCAGAAAUGGGCGGACGAGAGACGCAAGAAUGGGAAGACUACUUCGGACAGCGACGACGACAACGAGAACGACGAUAAUGAUAAUGAUAAUGACGACAAUGCAUCCAUCAUCUCCUACGAAGACGAGCUGGGCCGCUCCCGCCGCGGCACCCGAGCCGCCGCCGCGCGCGCCGCUCGUGCCAAAGCCGAAGACGAAGACCGCAACCAGGGCCGUCUGGGCACAGAGCGGUGGCGGCCCGCCCGCCCCGACAACCUCAUCUACGGCGAGGCCAUCCAGUCUCAGGCGUUCAACCCGGACGCCAACAUCGCCACGCACAUGUCGCAGCUGGCGGCUCGUCGUGACCGCUCCCCCACGCCGCCCGAGCGCCAGCACUACGAUGCCGACGCUGAGGUGCGCACGCGCGGCACGGGGUUCUAUGCGUUUUCGCGCGAUGAGGACGAGCGCCAGAGGCAGAUGGAAGAGCUUAAGAAUGCGCGCGAUGAGACGGAGAGUCAACGCAGGAAGUGGCGCGAUAUUGUUGAGAAGCGGGAACGUGCGCGUGAGAUGCGCUGGUUGCAGAUUCUUGAGACGCGGAGUGAGAGGCAGGCGUUGGAGUUUUUGAAUUCUUUGGGUGUGUCUGGAAUGGAGGCGCAGCCUGAUGAGUGA